CGCCUGGGUCUUGGUGUGCAGAUGUGUGGAAAACACUAUGUCGUGACCGACAUAAAGCCCUAUUCCUUUGUGUUGGACGAGGGAAGUAUAGAAUGUGGGGACGUGAUCAGCGAGUUCGUUGGUCGGCCGCUGCAUGGAACUGCCCUCGACCUGAAGCAACUUCUCGUUCAACACGGUCCUCGACCAAUAAAAAUAAAGAUUAUUAAACUCCGGUUGCCCAGUGGUCUGCUUUUUCAACCCCUCGUGACCAUACUCCUUAACGACAACCUGGAUAGGCUGUUGACGAAAACCAAGUUCCCCUCAGUCGGUAGGAUGCUUUCAUCUGCAUAA